AGCAGGGGACUUGGCUGGGUGAUUGGCCUUCUUUCCCUGAAGUGCUUGUGUCUUCCCAUUGGCUGCGAGCGGGGCGGCCCGUCGCCCAUUGGCUUCUGACGGGGGAAACUUGGGGAAUUCUGGAUCCUCAGUGUCGCUGAAAGUUGGGAGUCUGGCACGAGCCGGAGCGCCUACUCGCUUACCACGCCUCGUUCAUCUCAGAAGAAAAAAAAUGGAAGGCCUGCCUAAUGCUCCUGCUUUUGCAACUAGACUUAAGAACACUCUCAUACAGUAUCAUAGCAUUGAAGAUGAUAAGUGGCGAGUUGCCAAGAAAACGAAAGAUGUAACAAUUUGGAGAAAACCUUCAGAAGAAUUUAAUGGAUACCUUUUCAAAGCGCAAGGUGUUAUAGAUGACAGCGUCAAUAGUGUUAUAGACCAUAUACGCCCAGGUCCCUGUCGCUUGGAUUGGGAUAGCUUAAUGACUUCAAUGGAUAUUUUGGAACACUUCGAGGAGAAUUGCUGUGUGAUGCGUUACACUACCGCUGGUCAGCUUUGGAAUAUAAUUUCCCCAAGAGAGUUUGUUGAUUUCUCCUACACUGUGGGCUAUGAAGAAGGGCUUUUGUCCUGUGGGCUAAGUGUUGACUGGAAUGAAAAGAGACCAGAAUUUAUUCGUGGCUAUAACCAUCCCUGUGGUUGGUUUUGUGUUCCGCUUAAAGACAGUCCAUACCAGAGUCUUUUGACCGGCUACAUUCAGACGGAUCUGCGCGGGAUGAUUCCUCAGUCUGCGGUAGAUACAGCCAUGGCCAGCACUUUAAUCAACUUCUAUGGUGAUUUACAAAAAGCCCUACAAAAGGCAUAAUACCUUUAAACUUGUAGUAUGAUAGUCCCCCCGAAUCAACUUUUUCUCUCAGCUUCAUGGCCUGUGAAAAUCAUCCUUUCCUUUCUUCUAUGUAGCCUGUAGGAAAAUUAGGCGGUGAUUUGCAUGGUGUUUGAUACAGCAGUGUGUCUAAGCAUGGAGAGUCUGACAGACGUCCAUGUGGAAGUAGUAUACUUCUUUGACCUGAACUCUUAAGAAACUGAAUAUUGCCUCAGUAUGAAUAUUUUGGCUACUUGGAAAUUAGAGAAAGCACAAGCUUCAUGCUGUUAGUUAAAAAUCAUCUGUUUUAGAGAUUUAUGAACAUUUUCUAAGUUUUAACUAUUUUUGGAAGUUAUAUAUUAGUGCUUUACUUUUGGUAUGCUCUGUGAGUUUGCCAAUAUCUUGGACUACAAAAAGGUUCUUUAUAUUUUAUAAAGGUGAGCUUCAUUGUCAGGUGACUUGUACUACUUUAAGCAUGAAAAAAAUAAGAAGAAAAAGAAUAGAUACAAUUCAAAUAUAAUUGUUUUGAUACCUAGACAACAUUAUUUUGUGGAUAUCUUUAAAAAUGUAUUUGUAUCUUUCUGUGCAUUUAUUUUGGAAGGUCUAAAAAGCAUUUAUGCAUGAAUAAAAUGUACAAAAAACAUAUGUGCUGGGGACACCACAGUGAUUAGAUUGUGUGAACUGGCUGGUGGUAUCCUAUAUUCACCAACAGCAAAUUGUCUAGAAAGCAAAUUCAAUGAGAGUUUUGUUCACGUUUCAGUUUGUUGUUUUUUUUUUUUUACGAUAAGCCCUCAAGAAAUAGCUUUUAAUUCUGAGAAGUAUCCGAUAUUCUGUAGGAAAAUAAUCACAUUUUCAGUCUUAUUUGAUCCAUGUUCACGUUUCAGUUUUAAAAUAUCACUGACCUCAUAAAGUAUUUCUAACUACAUCAUAGACAUUCACAGUUGUGACAUAACUUCAGUCUGGAACUUUAACAAAUACAUUCAUAGAUUUGUCCACAUGCCUGGAUGAGUCAUUUUAGACCUAGCAUGGACUAUAUUAUGUCCCUUGCUUCUGUGGCUGCCUUAAAUGAACGUUCCUGAAUGAUUUUAACAUUCCAGAUGAUUCUCUGGCUUUUGAAUAAUCACCUGAUUUACUUCUUAAAUGAGACCUUGAGGCAACUCAGUAUAUCCAUGCAAAUGUUUGUAUUUAUAUUUGUGUUUGGGCACAUGUCUUGAAAUCUAUCUUCCUGUUCAGUGUGAAUUCUUCAUGUGGUGCUUACUGUAACCAUUGUUUUGUUUCUUCUUCUUCUUCUUUUAUUAAUAUGGGGUUUUUUUGUAUUCUAGUAUUCUGUUUUGGUGAAAUGCCAAUGGAUGUCCAAUUAUAGGGUGCCCAGACUGUGUGAGGCAUUUGCAAUAAGCUUGCCUGAGCUGGGUACCCCUAAAGCAAAUAAAUUAUCCCCUCAGUGACUCUAACGUUCUCUCUUUUUCAACUUACACCUCAAUUAGUGAUCAUAUAAUCUACUGUUGAAUUUGAUCCAUUGCACAUAAAAGGACCCUCAUGGAAAAAAAUUGUUGCAAUAUUGAGUCAUAUGAUAGAUUGAAAAUAAUAUUUGAAUCACCAGAAAUUUAUAUGCAGUUUCUAGAUGGCACUUUAGAUCUGCUGGGUUCUAGUUGGCACUUUUUUUUUU